AUGAGAGGUGAAAUCAAUGCCCUUAAGACUUUGAUUAUGAAUGAUACUCCAAGAGCCUACUACAUUCAUUGUUUUGCUCAUCAACUACAACUACCUCUAGUUGCGGUUGCUAAAAAGAAUGAUAGUUGUGGUUGGCUUUUUGAAGUACCUGCAAACUUUUUGAAUGUGGUUAGAGCUUCUUGUAAGAGAAGAGACAUGAUUCGAAAAAAGCAAGCUCAAGUAGUGGCUCAAGCAUUGGAAGUGGCGGAAAUUGAAAAUGGAUCGGGUUUAAAUCAAGAACGUGGUUUGAGUAGGCCGGGAGAUACACGUUGGGGAUCUCAUUACAAGUGUCUAAUAAAUAUCACGAACUUGUUUCCUUCAAUUAUUGAAGUACUUGAGUGGAUUGGAAAACAUGGCACUUCGGACGAUAAGUUCAAAGCUCAAAUUGUUUCGGGAUUUUUGGAGUCAUUCGAUUUUGUUUUUGUGGCUCAUUUGAUGUUGAUUAUCUUUGGCUACACUAAUGAUUUAUGUGUUGCUUUACAAAGAAAGGAACAAGAUAUUGUUAAUGCCAUUAGACUUGAAGAGGAAGACGUUUUGUUCAACAAGCUAGAAAUCUACAUCAUUUUCGGGUUGGAAUCUUUUUAG